AUGAGCAGCACGACCGCUCUCGCCGUCCGCGGAGGAUCGAUCCUGCCUUCGAUCUGCCUCCUCGCUUGGCUUCCUGGCGCAGAGCCCGCCGCACCCGGUUUGCCCUGUGCGCCGACCUGGCGCCGCCAGGCGCCAGCCGACCUGGCGCCGCUGGAGGCUGAGCUCGACUCCGUGGGCGAGCGGCUGACGAGGGCCGAGCAGGCCGUGCAGAACCUGAGCGUCAGCGUCGAGGCACUGUCGAGCGGGCCCGUUUGUCCGCUGGAGGGGCCACCUCCGAAGGCGGCGAGCGCGGCGGUCGCCAGGCCGCCGCCUGCAGUGGGCGACGAGCUGAAGGAGUGUGGGCCGUCGCGGCCGUGGGCGUGA